AUGGCCGUGGAAGCCAAUAAGGUGAGCAUUAAAAUUCCACCAUUCUGGCCGGAAAAACCGGAAAUAUGGUUUUAUCAGGUGGAAGCCCAGUUUGAAAUUAAUGGAAUCACGACCGAACUCACAAAAUUUAACUAUCUCGUCUCGCAGUUAGAGCCAAAAUACAUAGAGGACAUCUGGGAUCUCGUUAAUGAUAAAAAUGCUACUAAUAAAUAUACCACAGCUAAGGAGAGGCUCUUGAGUGUAUUUCGAGAAUGCGAGAAUAGGAGGAUUAAACGGUUGGUCACGGGUAUUGAACUGGGAGACGUGAGACCGAGCCAACUCCUACAAAAAAUGAGGUCAUUGGCCACCGAGGACAUCUCGGACAAGGUUUUAGGAACCUUGUGGCUGGACAAAAUGCCCGAUUAUAUUAAAAACAUACUACUUGUGUUAGAUGAGAGUCUGGUUAAGUUAGCAAGUAUGGCAGACAAGAUCGGCGAAAUGAACCCACGUCGAGAACUUUGUACCACCAGUCAAGGCACUAGCCUCAUGGAAGAGCUAAUGCGGAAAAUGGCAGACCUGGAAUUACAGGUAGCCCAAUUAGGGGCGAGCAGGUUGCCACGGCCCAGGAAUCGCAGCACGGACCGCGGUGCGAGUAGCACCAAAUUUAGGAACAGACGACGAAGCGGCAUCAGGAAGCGAUGCGAUCCGAAGGGGAAAUAUUGCUAUUAUCACUUCAGAUUUGGUGCUGGUUGCAUACCGGAUAAGUGCACCUCCCCUUGCGCUUGGUCCCAGAAGCCAACGGGAAACGUAAGCCCGCAGCCGAAUUAG